CUGCGAUGUGUCACGGGAACUCGGUGAUUUAUCCUCGCGGCUCUCGCUCCAUCUCCCCGCCGCUCGUCCUCUCUGCUUCAGAUUAAAAACUUUUGACAAAAUGGGUGGAUGUCGUUUGUGCUGCUCCAGACUUCACUAGUCUCCACAUCCAACCCAGCAGAAGGUAUAUCUUUGGAGUCUUUACUGGGUCAGGCGAGGGGAUGGCACAGGUAGAGGAGUGUCAGACCGAAGGAGAGGGCAGCCCCCAGUUGAUCUCCCUGAGGUCAGACGCAUCGGGUAACCAUGUGGACGAUGGAGAAGUGGGACCCCCUAUCAGGAGGAAGAGGAGGAAGAAGAGAGACAUGCGUCCAGAGUCCAUCAUUGUGUACCGCUCUGACAUGGAGACGGUGCCGGGAGAGGACCCAGGCAGCGAGGAGGGAGCAGAGAGGAGCGCAGAGGAGGGAGCUAAAUUCCUCUGCACGCCCACGAGCGAUGGUGGAGGCUGGAGCCUUCCUCCAGACAGCCGCUACGUGACCCUGACAGGCACCAUCACCCGGGGCAAGAAGAAGGGUCAGGUGGUGGACAUACAUGUCACUUUGACAGAGAAGGAACUCAGGGAUUUGAACAAGUCGAAGGAACGCCUCGAUGCAGAGUGUGAGGCCGGGGAAGGCUCCAAAUGCAACUGCGGCUUGAGUGUGUGUCAGGGACCCCACGUGGUGCUGUGGAGCCUCUCCUGCGCCCCUGUGGUCUUCCUCCUCUCCUUCAUCACCUCCUUCUACUACGGCACGCUCACCUGGUACAACGUCUUCCUGGUGUACAACGAGGAGCGGACAUUCUGGCACAAGAUCACGAUAUGCCCCUUCCUCAUCAUCUUCUACCCCAUGCUCAUCAUGCCUGUGGCGUUGUCUCUGGCUCUCUACUCCGCCGUGGUACAGGUGUCCUGGGCCUUCGGUGAAUGGUGGCAGGUGGUGCGAGACUUUGAGAAGGGCUUCUGCGGCUGGGCCUGUGGGAAGCUGGGACUGGAGGACUGUUCCCCCUACAGCAUAGUUGAGCUGCUCGACUCUGACACGGUCUCUGGCACCCUGCAGAGCAAGGCCCCCAGUGAACGCGCCCAGACAUCAUCAGUGUGAAACAGGGCGACGCCGAGGGCCAAGGCACAUAGGGAGGAUAGCGUCAAAGUUGCGGGUGCUUCAACUAAUUGACUGAAAUUCAACACGUGAGUUUGGUUCAGUAACGAAGGACAAACAAAUGCCAGAAAUUUCAAGUUAAUCAAAGAAAUAAGAGCUUAAAGGCUAAUUUCUGACAAUGAAAGCAGUUUGAUGAAAGCAUCCUCUCAAGGUCAACCUUCCUGACUCAUUGAGAUUUUGCUGAAAGCUCCUGAAGAAACAACUUCCAUUGAACUUCAUGUCAAAUGAACAGGAAAGUAUUUUUAGUGACUCCAUUGUGCUUCAAAGUGGAAAUUAUUAUUUAUUGAACACUGCCUGAACUGUCCUCAGGGGCCGAACUAUUGUUACAGAAACUAUUGUUAAAUCAUUCACUUCUGAGAGUGGGAGUGGUUAUCAUUGGGGGGUUUUCACGUACAUGUCAUGGUCACAGCUCCCUCAGAUCACUGAUUAACCUCAAAUCAUCACAGAGCAGCAAUGCACCUCAAAAGAAUUUGGGACUGAUACAGGAGUUGCUGCAAACUUGGAGGUUAGAUAAUUUCACUUCAUCUGUAAAUAUGUGUAGUUAUAUGCAUGUGAUCACUGUGCUGUGCUGUGCAGCGGCUUUAAAGGCCACAUUUUAUAUUCUCAGUUCAAUCCAUGAAGUUAUAGUUGGAAAAAGGCUGGAACACCAACUGGGAAAUAUGGGCAACCACCUCAGGGUCACAGAUCCAAGUUGAAUGUGUGUCAGUUACUACUGAAAUUUGUUUGAUUGCUAUUUUGAUUGGAAAUAUGCAUAUAACCGAGUAAUAGUCAACACUGUAAAUUACUAGGAUUACUAGACUAAAACAGAAAGGGACUGAAUAUGGGCAAGGUUUUUAAGGGACUCUGUCACUCUCUAGUUUUUAAAGGGCAACGCUGGAUUUUUUCUACUUUUCUUGUUGUCAACUAAAGACUGAAGAUGUAACACUUUAUGUUAUUCCUUAUGAUAUUAUCCUUAAUUGAUGUCACCAAUCAAACUGAAACACAUUACACUUGGUCUUCUAACAUGUGAGAACUGGUUUGUUUCUCUGGUUAUAGGCUAAUGAAGCUGCGAUGUGCAUCGUGCUGUGUGCUCUGUGCUUGAUGGCUACUUGUGGCACACAAACAAAAAGUCUGAGAUUGGGAGAAAUGGAGGAAGCCAUAGUCAGAACAAGCUGACAAAGCAUUUCUUUGGUGUAAUUUAGUUUUUUCCAAUGUCAUGUUUUCAUGUGUUUAAGGCACUUUCAAAAAAAGACGUUUGUAAUCGGCCUAAUUUGGACCGAUACUACUCGUGUUGUCUUCACAUCUGUGGUCCACACACACACAAGUAAAAUUAUGUUUCCUGUAAUUUUCUACCUUCCUGUUCCAUUUCAAUUCAGACACAUUUUAAAUGUUGCUUUAAUUUAUUUGAGAUAUUUAAGUCUAGUACAUCUGUGGAAGCUACUUUUAUAUUUUUCUCUUACGCACUUUGAAGUACAGUACAUGAAUUGCCAACAACUAUUACUGACUUGAUGAGAUACAAGCCAAUUGAAUGGAUGAGGUAUUGUUUCAUUUUACUUUCUCACAGGUUAAAAAACACGAGUCAGUGGUUGUUGAUUAAAUCUGUAUUUCACGUUACAUGUUGUGAGUUCUCAUGAUGCAAAAUAAA